AUGAUUUGGUUGUUGAUUCUGGUGGUCCUUGCCUAUUAUUCGUACCGGGUUCUUUACGCGCAAAACCAUGUCCAUGAAGCGACAAGACAUCCACACAGGGCGGCCCUUCCAAAAAUCAAACCAGUGCAAGUGCCGGUAACCACCACCCUCUCGCCUAGAGACGAGAUUGCCCGUACUGUGGAGAGUCUCGACUGGUGCAAUGAGAUCACUCGUAUCUGUUGGCCACAUAUCGGAAAGAUCGUUGAGUCUCACCUCGCUCCGACAAUCGAGCCGUUGAUUAAUCUUUAUUUGCCGAAACCAUUUUCGAAGUUCAAGUUUAUGAGCGCAAGUCUUGGCAAAGACCCUUUGAGGGUUGACAGAGUGACGGUGCACCGGCGAUAUAAGAACUCAAUUGCACUUGACCUUGACGUCUCCUUCAUCGGAUCACCAAAUAUGUCAAUGAAGUGCGCUCCGUUCCACGCGCCGUUUGGGGUCAAGGAACUGAAGUGGAGGGGGAGAUUAAGCGUUCUGCUGCGACCGCUUAUUCCCACUCUGCCGCUAGUUGGAGCUGUCCAAGCAGCAAUGAUUACGCAUCCAGAGGUCGACAUGGAUUUCACGGGCGUAGCUGAUUUCGCUGAUUUCGGUCCUGUUGAAAAGAUUGUUCGAAAAGUCCUAAGAAACGUCAUUGCCUCGAUGCUAGUCCUUCCAAAUCGUUUUAUAUACAAACUCUCUGACACCAUUGACUACUUUGAUGUGUAUUAUCCUCCAGCUGGCGUAAUUGCCAUCGUUAUAGAAAAGGGGAGAGGUUUCACGAUUGAAAAGAAGCUGGGAAUGAUCAAGCAGGUGCCAGACCUGUACUGCAAAGCGACGUUUGGGCUUGAAGAUAUGAAAACAGAUGUGAGAAUGAACAAUUUAUCUCCUGAGUGGAACUCGUUGAAACUGUUUAUUUUGUCGGACUAUGAACAGCCUUUCGAGUUGAAGUGCUACGACAAAGAUACUGUGACACGGGAUGACUUGGUAGGAUCCCUGUCAUUAACAGCGAAAGAACUUCUUACGACGGGUCCAAAAUGGGUCCCUCUUGGCGACACUGAUGACCGAAUUGCGAAGCAUGGCGAAAUUUUUGUUGGUGCGCAACUGUAUAAGUUGCAGGAUCCGAAGCUGCCAGUACGAGGAUACUGCUUACUAUCGAUUUUAAUCAAUCGAGCAACUAAUCUACCACCAGAAACAAAGGAGGUCGCCUGCAAAGUUUGGGUGGGAACUAAAUUACUGUUUGAAACCCCGGAGAUUACAAAACCAUCAGAACCGCUUCACGGGAUUGACCCGACAAACCCUGAAUGGAAUUUUCAUUAUGAUGUCCUUUGCGAUGAUACUUCAGAAACAAGUAUUGCAAUCCAUGUGGUUGAGCGUAAGAAGACUUUGGGUCGAUUGACUUUUCGGCCAGAUGAUUUGAUAUCUGUGCAAGACAAGACAAUAGAAGGAAAGUUCUCCAUUGGAAACGGGGCUGAGCUUCGUGUAAAGGUGAUGCUCCGAGGACUUGCGGAAGAUUCGAUAGCGUAGAAGGGCUGUAAAACCAUCGUCGCUGAUUCGGGGGCUAGAACAGGGAGGAAUGGGUGCGAAGACAUGCGCAGUGUAUUAAACUAGGACAAACGUUCCAACUCACUAA